CACUACAAGCCCUUUGCGAUGAUCAGUCCUAGACAUCAUCACUGCUAUGCAUCUACAUAAUCCUAAUCUUUCAAUCUCCCAAUCUCUUUUUGCAUUCCAUCUGUUUUCCAUCUUCCAUUCUUUCAAUCAUGUCGCCUUGUUCAUUCUUUCUUCAAUCUUCUCCCAUUUGACUUCUCAUCCUUCUUCCAAACUUUGGAGAGGAAUAUAAAAGGUCAACUUAAAGUCAAUUGGAGCAACUACUCCAAGUGGAUUGAUUCAUGACGUCGCCUUUUUCCUCCGUCGCCGGCUUCCCCGUCGUCGCCGUGUCCAUCGUCGGAAUCCUCGCCACCUCACUCCUCCUCCUCGGCUACUACGUCUUCGUGACCAAGUGCGGCCUCAACGGGCAAGAGGGUGCCCGGCGGCAUGGCGGCACCGCCUCUGGCAGACAACUCGGCCUCGACGAGUCCACCAUUCGCGCGAUCCCGACGGUGAGGUACAGGCAGUUCCUCGCCGGACCCGGCGAGUGCGCCGUCUGCCUCAGCGGGUUCCGAGAGCAGGAGAGGAUCCGGUUGCUGCCCGCCUGCCUCCACGUCUUCCACAUUGAUUGCGUCGACACCUGGCUCCAAUCCAACGCCAAUUGCCCGCUCUGCAGGGCGAGCGUCACCGCGACGGCGCCCGUCGAGCCUCUCGCUGCCGCGGCGAUGGCUCGCCGCUUCGGUCGCGAAACGGGAGGCGAAGCGGGGGAGCAGAGGAAGGCGGCAGAGUUGUUCGCGAGCAGGGGAGACGAGUGGAUCGGCGCCGGGAAGAAGGAUGAAGCGCUGCGCGCGCAGCCGAUGCGGAGGUCACUCUCGAUGGAUUCUUCGACGGAUGCGCGCCUACACGUGGCACUGCGGCAGGGCUCGCGCGCGGAAAACGAUGGCGCGGGCGGCGGCAUAUUGCGACGAUCUCUGUUCUCAUUCGGCCGGAGUUCCUGCGGCUCCGUUCUUCCUCUGUGAACGGAAGCUUCUCGAAUUGAAUCAGCAAUCGAAAUGUAGAAUUUAUUUUAUCGUCAAAUCUAUUGUUUGGAUCAGAGAAUAAGAAUACUUUCCUUUCUAUUA